AUUCUGUGACAGUAUUUUGAUUCGUAUCUGCUGGAAGUGAGGAAAAAGAGAAAAGUGAAGGGCCGUCCAGGGGAGGGGGGGGCGACCGACGAGGAGCUGUCAAAAAGGUAUUCCGGAGUCUCUGUCAGGCGGCGGAGGGCCCAGGCUCGCUAUCCCUCCCGGAGCGCUAUUUCGAGGACACAGAAGGCCCGGGGCCUCGGUGCAGCUGGCUCUUCGUCUCCCUGGUAGUAGCUGGACCCCUCUCGGCUUCUCCUCUCGCAGCUCCGCGGCCCUCCGGAGGUCCGGCGGCGGUCUCGGGUGUCGAAGGCGGCCCGGGGAGGAGCGGCGGCGGCAGCAGCAGCGGCGGAGACUGGAAGAAGAUGAUCAAAAUGAAGGCGGUUUGCUGCCACGACUGACGCCCCAGUGCACUGAACAGAACAAGCAGUCCUGACCUGGCAACAUACGAAUGGCCCAGGGAAGCCACCAGAUUGACAUUCAGGUUUUGCAUGACCUGCGCCAAAAGUUCCCUGAAGUCCCAGAGGGUGUUGUCUCCCAGUGUGUUCUGCAGAAUAACAACAAUUUAGACGCCUGCUGUGAAUACUUGUCCCAGGUCAGUCCGGGCUACCUGUACAGUGAAGGAGGGAACCUCAGCUUUUCUGACGACCCCAGCUUCACCAGGCUCCGUAAUCACAUGACCCAGCUGAACCUGGGCCUGCAGUCUCAGAAUGUGCAUGUGGCCCCGGUUCGGGACGGCCUGAGAAUGAACGGCAGCCGGACUCUGGCCCAUAGCCUGAGUGACGGGCCCCUCCAGACAGGCCAGGCCCCCAACAGUGACUUCUUUCAGCAGGAGCCCCAGUCAGCCCCCGUGCAGGUGCCCUCCACUCUCAAUGUAUUUGGUGUGAUGGAGCCUACGCGUAAACCGCAGCCUCCACAGCACCUUGGACUCUACCCUCUGGGUGUCAAAGGAACAAGUAUGGGUGUCCAUCAGAUGCCACGCUUCAACCCCAUUACCGUGACGCUAGCCCCGAAUAUCCAGACAGGCCGCAACACCCCUACUUCUUUGCACAUACAUGGCGGGCCGCAGUCGGGCUUAAGCAGUCCACAGGGUAACUCUAUCUACAUUCGGCCCUACGUUAGCCAGUCCGGUACGACCCGGCAGAACCAGCAGCAGGGAGGCAGGGCCCAGUACAGCCCCACUUCCCAGCCCCAGCAGCAGAUCUACCAGAUCUCACACCCUUCCUCCCUGUCCAGCUCCUGGUCCGGCCCUCAGCACUCCUCCUCACAUACCUCACAGCACCAGACCCAGGGCCACCAGACCUCUCACGUCUACAUGCCGAUCAGUUCCCCCACAAAUCCCCAGGCGCCCUCCAUUCUCCCCACUGGAAGCCAGGCCUCGUCCUCCGGUGUCUCCUCGUGCUCUUCUUCGUCCUCGUCCUCCUCUGUCAUGCCCGGCUCCCUGUCGACCAUCAGCCAGUACAAUAUCCAGAACAUCUCCACUGGCCCGCGCAAGAAUCAGAUCGAGAUCAAACUUGAAUCUCCCCAGAGGAGCAAUUCCACAACAGCCGUGCUGCGGACAAGCAGUGGGCCCCGUUCGUCCUCCACUUCUUCCUCCUGCCCUUCGUCUUCCUCCUCUUCGACCGGGGUGGCUACUGUCCCCACCACCCCUCUGUCCAUCGGAGGCCCAGGUCUAAGCCGCAGCCAGCCCACUGUUUACAUCUCUGCCAGCCCGCCUACUGCUGCUACCACCCCCUCUGAGGAGGCCAUCGUGGCCUCAGCUGGCUCCCGCUCCCAACCCAAGUUUUACAUUUCUGCCAAUGCCCCCAGUGACGAGGGUGGGGGUAGGAACCCCCCCACAGUCUACAUCUCAGCAAACCCUCCCUUGCAGGGGUCGUCGGGGGCCAGGAACAUGGGGGGCCAAGUGAGCAUGGGCCCCGCCUACAUCCACCACCAUCCGCCUAAGUCCCGUGCCUCUGUGGGAGGGGGAGGCACGGCUUCUUCCCCUCGUGUGGUGGUGACUCAGCCUAACACAAAAUACACUUUUAAAAUCACCGUGUCUCCUAAUAAACCCCCAGCCGUGUCUCCCGGAGUUGUGUCCCCGACUUUUGAGUCGGGGGCCCUACUCAGCCUACCCGACCACCACUUCGUGGAGCCAGACCCCCUGCAUCUGUCAGACCCGCUGUCACCACACAGGGAGAGGCCGAGCGAGCCUCGCAGACUCAGCAUGGGCUCUGAUGAUGCAGCGUACACACAAGCAUUGUUGGUGCAUCAGAAAGCCCGCAUGGAGCGGCUGUGGCACGAGUUGGAGAUGAAGAAGAAGAAGCUGGAGAAACUAAAAGAGGAGGUCAACGAAAUGGAGAACGACCUGACCAGGAGACGGCUGGAGAGAUCCAACUCAGCCUCCCAAAUUCCCUCUAUUGAGGAAAUGAAGCAGUUGCGAUGCAAAAACAGGUCACUGCAGAUUGACAUUGACUGCCUCAGCAAAGAAAUUGAUCUCAUUCAAACAAGAGGACCACACUUUAAUCCCAGUGUAAUCCAUAAUUUUUAUGACAACAUUGGAUUCCUUGGUCCUGUCCCACCCAAACCCAAAGGUACUUUAUCUAUUGACCCGGGCAGUAAGAUUGUGAAGCCCAUCGCAGACCAGGAGGAGGACGAGGGGACGCAGUGGAACUGCACGGCCUGCACCUUCCUCAACCACCCCGCCCUCAACCGCUGUGAACAGUGCGAGUUCCCGCGGCACUUCUGAGCCAACGAGGCUGCGACGCGCCGCCACUUUCCUCCGUCUUCUACCAGACUAGAAUAGACAAGGGCCCUUUCUGUUUUCGUUUCCCCCUCUAGAUGUAUGAAAACUCGGACGGGGCGUUGUCAACGGGCGACCUGUUUUCCUUGAUGUUUUUUUUUUUUUUUUUUUUCUUCCUCCUCUCUAAGGUUUGUAGAAUGCUGUCCACCGAAGGCUUGACUGGAUAGUGUUUACAGCUUGUGUUUCUUCCUAAAGGCCGGCGGAGUUGGAUGAUACCUCACCUUAGAGACUCGGAUCGCGUGGGGUCUCCUCCCCCCCUGUUUUCUGCUCGACGGGUGACACUUUAACCCCCUGGGGAUACCUCACUGCUCCCACUUACAGUAUUACGAGCGUGUCCCUGCAUUGUGACGGCACACAUAAGCACACCUACACAUGCACAUGCACACACACACAUACACACACUCACACACAUCCAACACACAACACAAGUGCCUUGAUGCUGAUUUAGUAUUUUAGUUUUUCUUCUUCUGUGGUGGCUUGACCGGGGUUUUUGGGAACUGUGUUCAGCCGCUGCUCUCCGUCUGAAGGGAAAACGUUAACAGACUACUCGUGGACUUUUUAAAGUUUGUUUGCUGUUUCUAGAGGAUGCCAAAAGGGGGAACCGCCAGUGUCGCUGCCAAUCAAACGUGCCUUUUGUUCUCCCCCUUUUUUUUUUUUUCCUGUCUCUUCAAUCAUGAGUUAAUGAAAUAAAAAAGAAACUAAGUUGCAUGCUUUGUGUACAGUACACAGAGGCAGAAACUGCCCUCGAGCUUUUUACUGUACAUAAUUUUAGAAUGUGCCUUAAAAACCUUCUUCCUCACACUAUGAAUCACUUGUAUUUCCUGUAAGUAUAGCUUUAUAGACUUUAUUAACUUUUUUUUUUGUCUUGUUUUGUUUCCCUUCUUUCAAACAAAUAAGCACCAUGCUCCCUUUUUAAGCUUUUUACUUGAGUUCUGUGAGAGUUGAAGCCUUGCAGAAGAAGAGGAGCAGAGCAGUUUUUAAAAAAAACACAAAAACAAACCCUUGCAGUCAUCAUGAAGCUACGUCUGCCCGGUCCGUUCAUCGCUUGUGUAAUUGCUGAGUUUCCUGUGUACGAUCUGCAGAUGCAGCAAAGUGGAAGGCGAUGGAGGAGUCCUUUUUUUUUUUUUCUGCAUUUUUUUUUUUGUUUGUUUGUUUGUUUUCCAGGACACCAAGUAUGUUCGGGACUGUCGGAGGGGGUGGGUUGGGGGUAAAAGGGAAGAGGGUCAAAAAGCAAAAAAAAAAAUAAUUUUACAAACUGCCAUCUUAUCUGACAACUGGAAUGUAGGUUUGAUGUUUGGGGACAGCUACACCUCAGUGCGAAGAGACACUCAUUUUCCAGUACAAUCAGGAUCGAUGUCCAAGUCUACCUGGACCAGCUGAUUGGGUUUCUGCGAGGUACCAAAAUAUUGUUUCUGAGAGUAGAAAUACUCACAUGGGUCUGGUGCCUUAAACACAACAGGUCAGAAUUGUUACAUCUCGGAAGCAGACAAGGCAAAAAAAAACAACAACAAAAACUCAAAAUGUAAGCACAACUUGACUGUCCACUUUGUAUACUCUUAUUUUUAUUCGGCUCGGUUCAUCCUCCUAAGCUUUUAUCGACGAGGGUGUUUCUAAAGUUUACUUAUUGUCAUUAAGUUACCUUAACUGUGGAGUAGUUACUUUGUUUUUUUGUUUUUUUUUUCCCACAUUUGUGAAAUGUUGCCUUGCAUUAGUGCCUUUGAAUUUGUAUUGAUAAUCUAUUCUGUCACAUCCAAGUGCCAUUUUUAGAAAACAAAAAUCUUCCUUUAAACCCGUUUAAAAGUAGAAGAUGAAUUAUUGUCUCUUAAGCACUUACGUCAUACUAUUUUCUUUUUUCCAACCCAAAGAAACCAGUUUUCAGCUUUAUCUGCACCUUGGUGUGAAGAGGCAGUUUAUUCAUGUUAUAUUAAAUGGAAAAAAAAAAUAAUUUGGAUAUCUAAAGUGUUUUUUUGAUUUUAGCUGGGAAAACUGUCUUUGUAACAGAUAAGUUAUUUGUAAAAAUAAUUAAAAAAAUCUAUUCUGAGUG